ACAAACCAGAGGUCGCGGCGCGGAGCCUGCGGCGUGUGGGAGGCGGGGGCGGCGAUCCACCUGGCGACGUGGCAGCCAUUGCCGACUCCGCGAGACCCCUCCCCACGCGGCCGGCCGCCCACCCACUCGCCCUCUCGCGGCUGGGCUCCUCCGCGGCUGCUCUUCCCCGGCCGGACGGAGAGCGGCAGUGUCUCCCCGCCCGGCGCGCUCGCCGCGCGUCUCCCCCCCGCCGCGGCUGCCGCUCGGCCCCGCCAGCCCCGCGCUGCGCCGCGCCGGAGAGCGCAGUGGCGGCGGCGGGAAAGGGCUGCAGACCAGUGUCGUUCACUCGACGACGCGGCUCCGGCUUCGACGCCCUCCGCCCGCUCCUGAAGCAGGUACUUAUUUGUGGGAAAGAAAUGUUCUGUAUUAUGGACCUGAAUAUCCCAGUAAGAAGACAUUAUGUUGGAUAAUAGGAAGAGCUAUAGAGUUUGCAGAUAUCAACCGUGAUCUUAUUAAUAAUCACAUUGAUAGCAUCAAUGCCAGAUACCUAGUGCUAUUACUGCUGGAUUUUGCAAGAUUUUUAAUACUAUUUUCUUUGAAUUAUGAUUUCAAUACAAAAAAAGUCUUAAAUUUUUUUUUAACAAAGGGAAACAUUUUAGUUUUGGAAGUCAUAAUGCCAAGGAAAAGGAAAAAUCUUGGGGGCCAUCCCUUGCGGAAGACUGCAAGCUCUAAGGAAGUUGUCGUAUCCAGUGUUGCUAGUCAUGAGAAGCCAACCACUACUCUUCCUUCCAUGUGUGAGACAAAAAGUGCUCAGGAAGAACUCUUCACCAGUAUCUCAGAGAUGUUUUCUGAAUUGGACCCUGAUGUAGUAUAUUUGAUGCUUUCUGAAUGUGAUUUCAAAGUUGAAAAUGCCAUGGAUUGUCUGUUAGAGUUAUCUGCCACUGACACCAAGAAGGAAGAAUCAUCUUCACAAAGCUUGGCUGUUCCUGAGACGCAGCCAAGCACGGCUGGCACUGGAACAAUGGAGAAGCACCCUCCUGAAGAAGAGAGCGAGGAUUCAAAGAUGGAUUCAUUUUUGGACAUGCAGCUGACUGAAGACUUGGAUUCCUUAAUACAAAAUGCUUUUGAGAAAUUAAAUUCUUCUGAUGACCAAGCAUACUCAUUUUUGCCUUUGCAAGAUAUCCAUAGUUCCAAUGACCCAAGUAAAUUUAUAAGUUCAGAUUCAAGUAAUAUGACUCCAUCUACACAAAAUAAAGAUUCAAAUAGUGAAAAAUUUGAGAAUUCUACUUCUACAUCAAGUUCAAGUUCAUUAACUUCACAUUCAGUUUUGAAUGAGUCUGAAAGUUUUAUAAGGGAUAACACAUAUUCAUUGAAAGGUAACCCAGAAGAUUCUCUUCUCAGUAGUUCUUUAAAACCAGCAAAUGACUUUACUGUGGGGUGUAGCAAUUUCAAUCAAAGACAGAAAGAGGGUUUAGAAUCUGAAUGUGUUGAUGAGCAGCUCUCUAAACCCUCUGUAGAUCUGGAAGUCAAUGAGCCUCAGACUCCUUCAACCCUUCCUGUGCAGAACCCAGGGCUUGAUUUACCAGGUACUAGUGGGGAUCAGAAGUCUACUUCUGUCUCUGAUGUUUUUGUACCAUCUGAAGGGUUCAAUUUCAAGCCUCACAAACAUCCUGAACUUCCACCAAAGGGGAAAGAUGUGAAUUACUGUCCAGUUCUUACUCCUCUCCCUUUAUUGCUUCCUCCUCCUCCACCUCCACCAAUGUGGAAUCCAAUGAUUCCUGCUUUUGACCUCUUUCAAGGAAAGCAUGGCUUUGUAGCUCCUGUUGUGACCACAGCUGCACACUGGAGACCUGUCAACUACACCUUUCCACCCUCUGUUAUUCCUCAUGCUUCCCCAACUAAGGUCUGGAGAAACCCAGAGGGAACAAGUGCUUAUCAGGUCCAAGAGACUCCAGUUUCUCAGGUUGUAAGAAAGAAGACAACAUCUUACGUUGGACUGAUUCUUGUUCUUCUCAGAGGGCUUCCGGGAUCAGGAAAAUCUUUUCUGGCAAGGACUUUGCAAGAAGAUAAUCCAAGUGGAGUCAUUCUUAGUACUGAUGAUUAUUUUUAUAUAAAUGGACAGUACCAGUUUGAUAUAAAAUACCUAGGAGAGGCACAUGAAUGGAACCAGAAUCGUGCAAAAGAAGCAUUUGAGAAGAAAGUAUCUCCAAUAAUAAUAGAUAAUACAAACCUUCAGGCAUGGGAAAUGAAGCCAUAUGUUGCUCUGUCUCAGAAGCAUAAAUAUAAGGUCCUUUUCCGGGAACCAGACACAUGGUGGAAGUUCAAGCCAAAGGAACUUGCAAGGCGUAAUAUUCAUGGAGUAAGCAAAGAAAAAAUCACAAGAAUGUUGGAACACUAUCAGCGCUUUGUUUCAGUGCCCAUAAUCAUGAGUUCUUCAGUUCCAGAGAAGACUGAACGGAUUGAAUUGUGUGCAUAUGCUUGUGAAGAUGGAAGCGCCAGCCCAAGAGACAAUGAAGAUGUUACCUCUGAAAAAGAAGAAAAUGUUUUAUCCUCAUCUUUGAAACACUUAGAAUUAACUGUAGAGGAUAAUCUUGAAGUGGCCAAAGAAAAUGUGUUACCUGAGAAUAUUACAUAUCUCCCUAAUGCAGAUGUAAACAAAGGCAGAAAAGAAAUAAGUGGUAUGAAUCAUAUCACUCAGACUGCUUUCAUCCAGGAAGCCUCACAUAUGUAUUUUCCUAACUCUGAAAGCAAAAUUCAAGCAACAGACAAAAGUGAAGAAGAACAAGUAGAACUGAAAUCUGAAAAAGCUAAAACUGAUGCACAUAGUCCUCUAGAUAGAGUAUCACUGAGUAUUUGCUGUGGGGAAAAUAGUCAAGAAGACACUGAUUUUGCAAAUACUGUACCUGUUCAAAAUGAAAAACCUUCACCUAGUGAGAUAUUAGAAGAAAGAACAACAGUAAAGAAAAAACCCAAUGGGAAACAAAAAAACAAACCAGCUUCGGAAAAGCUUCCAAAACAUGAGCUAUCAAAUUUUGUUGGUGACUGGCCUAUUGAUAAGACAAUUGGUCAGAGGACAAAAAGGAAUCGGAAAACUGAAAAAGCCUCAUCUAUACAGACUGACAAAAAGUAUAAUCGCCCUCAGUCACACAGAGUAUUAGAUACCAAUGUGUGUAUGAAUGCAGAUCAUAUCCAACAAGGAUCUCCACAGGAAAUUGUAGAGGACAGCAGGAAGUCCCAGUGUGAUGAUCCCUCAGAAUUUCUCAAUAGCUGUCAAUAUGAUUCUUACACAAAUACUGAAAACAACUCAUUUGGUAUUGUGAGCGACUGGCCUUCAUCUGUUUCUUUAGCUCAAAGAGAGCCCAGAUCAAGAAUAUCAAAGGCUGGUUUAAGUGAACCUAUCCUAGAAUUUGGAACUAAUGACAAUAUGAAUGAAAUAUCCUUAUACAGAACACGUGAGGCUUGUUGGGAAACAAGCCCUGAAGAACUGAAAACAUUGGGUAGUCCUGCUCUACAAAGUUCUGAAAUGCUACCCAGUGAAGUGGCCCAUGACAAUCAAUCUUGUCUAAGUAAAAAGAUCCAGGGGCAGCACACACUGCCUCUUACUUUUACCAGUGCCGCAGCAACUAUUCCUAGAGCAGUAGGACCACAGACUUCAGCUGAAUUUCUAGGGGCAAUGCCUAAAAGAGUCCCUGGAAUAGAAGUAGGCGUGUCUACUCAGACUGAACCACAUGAUUUUGCUCUCUUGUGGAAAAUAGAGAAGAAUAAAGUCAGUGUUUCAGAUUCGGUCCGAGUAUUAGCAGGAAGAUUAGAUGGCUUUAAACCAAAAACUUUCAAUAUUAACACAAAAUCAAAUGUUCAAGAAGCAAUUCCCUAUAGGGUAAUGUAUGAUAAAAGUACAUUCGUUGAAGAAAGUGAGCUUACCAGUGCUGAUGAAUCUGAAAAUCUGAAUAUUCUUUGUAAACUAUUUGGCUCUGUUUCAUUAGAAGCCCUGAAAGACUUGUAUGAGAGGUGUAAUAAAGAUAUUAUUUGGGCCACCAGCCUUUUGUUGGAUUCUGAAACGAAAUUAUGUGAGGAUACCGAAUCUGAGAAUUUCCAAAAAUCAUAUGAAGAAUCACAAGUUGGGCCUUUUUCUCUGGGUUUGAAUUUGAAGGAGAUUAUUAGCCAAAGAGGAACUUUAGAAGACUCUAAUUCUUCUGUGCCAGAGUUUAGUCCAGUAAUUGGUAUCCCUAAACCUAACCCCCAGACCACCUGUGAUGCAGAAAAUGGAAACUCAGAGCCAGCAGGAGCUAUAACUCCUGAGAACUCUGGCUUCCUAGCAAGCAUAUUUCCUAAUGCUGUAGAUAGGAAGAGAAGUAAUGGGGUGCUUCCUAAUAGUCAGGCAGGACUUCCAGGUUUAUAUAGCUUUAAGCAGUCUCUUCCAGCCACUCCAAAGUCCACUGCCCCUAAAGAUAUGAAUGAAAUCCAGAAUAAUACAGUGGCCACGGGGUCUGGAGACAGUAUGUAUUCUUUAAACUUGGCAGAUAUCGUAAACUCUAUAACAGGUACAACUGAUCUUGAAUUAAAUGAUGAAGUUUAUGUUACUGACUCUUUGGAAAUGAAGAAAAAUGAAAAUCUUCCAAAAGAUUGUGUCAAAUUUGCAAGCACAGAGGAAGUUUUGAAUGAAGAUGAGCAGGAAAUGGAGAAAGUUUUAGUGGCAGGAACUAUGACAGCUGGAGUUAGUGACGAAAACAAAAGUGACAUAUUGAAUCCCAUGCCAGUGACAGCCAAAUCUUUGACCAUUGACUGUUUGGAAUUGGCUUUACCCCCUGAACUGGCUUUUCAACUCAAUGAACUAUUUGGCCCAGUUGGUAUUGAUUCAGGGUCUCUAACAGUUGAGGAUUGUGUGGUUCAUAUAGAUCUCAAUCUGGCUAAAGUGAUUCAUGAGAAAUGGAAAGAAUCUGUAAUGGAGCGACAAAGACAAGAGGAGGUAUCUUGUGGCAAGUUUGUGCAAGAUCCUGCUGUGGUUGGACAUACUGAAAGUCCUGAACAAAAAUCAUCUCAGAGAACUGGAAAAAAAUUACUGAAAACUUUAGCAGUCCCUGAAACGCUACCCUUACUGGAUCAUUGGAAUACUCAAACUAAAAAAGUCUCACUCCGAGAAAUAAUGUCAGAAGAAAUCGCUUUACAAGAAAAGCAUGAUUUGAAAAGGGAGACACUUAUGUUUGAAAAGGAUUGUGCCACUAAGCUAAAGGAGAAGCAGCUCUUUAAAAUAUUUCCAGCCAUUAACCAAAAUUUCCUAGUGGACAUUUUCAAGGAUCACAACUAUUCAUUAGAACACACAGUGCAGUUUCUAAACUGUGUUCUUGAAGGAGACCCUGUGAAAACAGUGGUAGCUCAAGAGUUUGGUCACCAAAAUGAGAAUGCUACUUCUCACCCUGCACAGAAGUCGAAAGAGAAAAAGGGAAAGAAGUCAAAGGAGACUGAAGAUACCCCGGGCGAGCCAUCUUUCCAGGACUUUGAGUACCCGGAGUAUGAUGACUACCGGGCUGAGGCCUUCCUACACCAGCAGAAGAGGACAGAAUGCUACAGCAAGGCCAAGGAAGCUUACCGCAUGGGGAAGAAAAAUGUUGCUACCUUCUAUGCCCAGCAGGGUAGUCUUCAUGAGCAGAAGAUGAGAGAAGCUAAUCACCUUGCUGCUGUGGAGAUCUUUGAGAAAGUCAAUGCCUCGCUGCUGCCACAAAAUGUUUUAGACCUCCAUGGGCUGCAUGUGGAUGAAGCCAUAGAACACUUGACGACAGUUUUACAGCGGAAGACUGAAGAAUUUAAGCAGAACGGUGGUAAGCCCUACCUUUCUGUGAUCACGGGGAGAGGAAACCACAGCCAGGGAGGAGUUGCUCGCAUCAAACCAGCUGUCAUUAAAUACCUCACAAGCCAUAGUUUUAGGUUCUCUGAAAUAAAACCAGGGUGCUUGAAAGUCAUGCUAAAGUAAAAACGUUCUUGACUUAGAAGUAUGAAGAAGAAAAGCUCACAAUUCUUUGGAUGGUUUCCUGUCUUUUGUUUUAGUCUUUUUCUUUUAAAGUUCAAGUGUUUUGUAUGCUUAGAAAGAAGACAUGUAUAAUGACAAAAUUAGUUAUUUCUGAGCUGGAAAUUGGAAACUUUUGAAACUCAGGAAAUUGCUCUGACAAUGUUUUAACUGCUCUCAAUUAAGAAAAUGUAUACAAACAAAAAUAAUGUGUGCUGUUUUUUUCCAAGUGCUUUCUCUAAGUGCUUUCCCAUUGCGCAAUGAGGUGAAGUUUGAUAAUGUUUCUGUCUAGUGGUUAAAUAUUGCUUAUUUUUAUUUACAUGUAAAGAAAACAGAUUUAAAUGUUUGUGUGGCCCAAACCAGUGUGGUUUAAAAGUAAAAUAAGUUUCUGUAGAAUAUUUGUUAAUGGUGCUUCUUUUUUAAAUGUAAUUGAAGUUUACAGUAUUACUUAAUGCCUCUUGAAUUGGAGAGACAAGGCUAGUAGAACAUACCUAUGUGUUGAAGAGCCAUUUAGAACUUCAUGUUGUCCCACAACAAAGUUUAUUAUGUUCCUUAAAGUUCAGUAAUUGACUUUUAUGGUCCAAAUGAUGAAUGUGUUGUUAAUAAACUAUAGAAUUAACCAUGAGACUUUUCAUUCAAGUACAACAUUGCAGCUGUUAGUUGGAGAAUAUAUUGUAACAUUUUCACAGUGUAUCAGAAACAAAAUGUUUUAUUUGUACUAUAAAGAAAUUGUAAUUUUGCUGUUAACUCUGUACUUUUUAUUAAAACAGUUUAUAAGUUUGCUUUUCA